AUGGAUCCCUAUAGCAAUACUCUUUAUAUGUUAGAUGAAGAUUAUUUCAAUCAUGAGGAUCUUAUGAUAGAAGCAAUGGCCGUACAUAGACAACGACAUGCAACUCUUGGAGCAUCUUCUUCACGUCGUCCUAAUUCUCAACCUCGGAUGUUCAUCCGACGCAAUCCAUUGGAAGGUCAUGAACGCCUUUGGAAGGAUUACUUUGCUCAACUGCCAAUAUAUCCGCCAAACGUUUUUAGGAGGCGAUUUCGAAUUAAUCGUGAUCUGUUUUUACGUAUACAUUCUGCAGUUGAGACUCAUGAUGAUUAUUUUGUCCAAAAGAGAGACGCCAGUGGUAGGCUUGGAUUGUCUUCCCUUCAAAAGAUGACCGCCGCAAUUAGGAUGCUCGCAUAUGGGGUAACAACAAAUCUUAUGGAUGAGUAUGUAAGAAUUGGAGAAAGUACUGCACGGUUGAGUAUGAAAAAAUUUGUAAAGGCGAUCGUGUCAAUCUUUGGGGGUGAGUGCUUGAGGUUUCCAACCAGCAAUGAUAUAGCAAGGUUACUAAAAGUUGGACAAAGGCGUGGAUUUCCAGGAAUGUUGGGUAGCAUUGAUUGCAUGCACUGGAAAUGGAAGAAUUGUCCUAGUGCUUGGAAAGUUGAGGAAGCACAACUUCUAAAAAAGGACAUUGAUGGCAUACUUGAGAGAGCACAAUUGAAAUGGAACCACUUUGCAGAGAUGACUUUGCUUCAGAAAGGGGAUUGGAAUACAAAGUACUACCAUCUUUGUGUAAGUCAGUGA